AUGUCAAGCAGGCCAUCGAGGUAUCUGAAGAGGGACUGGACCCACAAAAAACCACACCUGGCUAAAUACAGCUCUCUCCCAACUCUCCAACUCACACCCACCGAGCGCCCCAUAUUCCAGUGCCACCAAUGCGGGUUCAUCAACACACUCAUACCCAUGUGUCUCUGGUGCUGCUGGACAUCAGAUGCAGCACACGACGAAUUCUAUCGUUCCGCUCCUCCUCCUCGUCGUCCUAGACGGUUAAGUGCUCCUCCACGUGUGACAACGCGUACAUCUAUCAGUGCCACCCCAAAAUCGCCACCCCAAAAUGGAGACCAAUAUAUACCCAUUCCAGUCGAGCAACAGAACACUCUAUAUCGGGGUACGGAUACAACUAUCACAACCCCCGUCGACAACACACCACCCGGAGAUGCCAUUGGCACGGCAACCAUAUCGACUACGACAACCACAACGACGGGGAAGGGCCCCCAAUCCCAUUCCCACCGCCUCCGACCAUCCAUACCCUCCUUUUUCCUCUCCCAAUCGGACGUUGAUCGUCCAAACCCAAGCACGACUGGCAUGAAAUCGAUCAACCCUAAAUCCUCGCGAUUCUCCCUUUUCUUAGAUUUCAAUAGUAAUCAUCAUGAUAAUGGCGGCAGGCCCGAUACGAAGAAAACGCUAGACGACGACGACGAGCGCACAUCACCCACAUCAGGAGGGGGAGGAGGAGGAGGAGGAGCAGGGGCGGAAAGUCCACGCACACUUCGUCGAAAACGACGGAUCAACAUCGUCGAGCAGGCACCACAGCAGCUCGACGUACCAACCUCAGCUCCCAUCGCCAUCUCCUUCGAUUUGGAUCUCGGGUUAAAAGACCAAGACGAUUCGCGAAUUUCCUCCGAUUUCGAACACAAUUCAAACGCGCCUUACCCAGCACCCCCACAAACACCACCUCCACCCUCUUCCUCUCCCAUUUUACCACCCCCAUCCUCACCCACCUCAUCCCCAAUACGAAUAGGCCACCCCACGCGACCAUACUACACCGCCAUACGCAAGAACAUGUCUUCUCCACCCGCCUCGCCCUCUUCCUCGCCGCCCCCGUCAAGACCUACGUCAUUGAGUGUGCCAUCUGCUUCAAGGCCUACAUCCUUGGGUGGACCGUCUCCCUCAAGGCCUACGUCGCUUAUAUCAGGAUUAGGUGGAGAAGAGUCGUUCCCGCCAAGUUCGUUCCACCACAACCAGAGACCAAUCUCGUUAUGUCUGGGAGGGAUGUUUUCGCCUUUUGUCAUCGACACGAAUACCAACACCAACGCGGAUGAAUCUCCAGGACCCACGUCUACGUCUAAAAACACGCUGCCCAGACCCAAAACGACGGACAGGGAAAGGGGGAGUAUAGGAUUUUCGAUGAGUGGGGAGACGGAGUUACGCAUGGCGUUGGCUGGCAUCCAAGCUCAAACUCAAACUGAGUCUCGUGCUGGGGAGUUUAGGUACCGCGAGACGAUGACGCCAAGUGGUAGUGGGAAGCAAGACGGGGAGAGGAGGAAGAGGGGAGGAUCGAUGAGUGGUGUUGUGUUGCGCGUCAAGGCUUUUCGGAAGAGUUUGAAGGAUUUGAUUGGUGGGCCUAGGUCUGCUGUUUGACUUUGGGGUUUUGGAUGGAAGGAAGGACGGAUGGAUGGAUGGAAGGAAGGAGGGAGGGAAGCAAAGGUGCUUUGAUGCCAUGUACUUGUGCUUGGGCGGGUUGUAAUAUCAUAUCAUUUUGUUGUUGUACACAUACACGCUUUCUUUGCUAUAAUACAAUUGGAUUGUUCCGUAAAGUACUAUACAGUCCUGUGUCUGGUAUCUCGUUAACCCAAGUACAAAAUCACCAGGUGAUCACCACAUAUCCCAUACCCUCCUCCGUUGAAAAGAAUGCAACCUCCUCCCACCCCUCCUCCCCUCAUACUCGCCUGACAAAUAUACACCCGAUUUGACAGAGGUUCUCGACUCGUGUUUUCUUGAGCGAUGAGGUUGCAUGUAUAGAUGGGGGAGGCAUGACCCGCCUACCUUGUAUUCGCUUAGCAAUUAAUCAAAUAGUCAACUAGUAUCAAAUCGUUGUAAGUCACAUCACAAAAAAAAAAAAUUCAAAAUAA